CACCGUCGUUGACAGUUCAGCCAAAAUUCUCUAGCUCCGCACAAUUCGCCCAGCCAAAAUCUCUAAAUUAUCUAAACUACAUUUUGUGCUCACUUUUGAUCAUUCAAAGUCAUCGCUCCACGUUCAUUCGCCAUUUAAAGGAAAGCUAAAGCGCCCGAGCAGGAAAAUUCCAGUGGAUUUCUAGCUUUUUUCGACCAAAGUAGCGCCCACACAGCCUGAGAAUCGUAGCAAGAACGUAGAAGCCCUCAGCGACAACGGAGGCCCACUGUUCGACUUAAUUGUCGACCACUGUCAAUAUUAGCGCCAUCGCAACUGCUGGGUGUGGGCGAAUCUGCGCCCCGCCACCGGUAAGACUGUUCCGAGAGCCGAUUCGGGCCCUAUGAAUACGAACUGCCAUCACCACCAGCUCGGCUUAACUCUGGCACCCACAGAUAUCACACUCUCACAUAUCUUUGGCCUUGCUUUGCUUUCAUCAACAAAUUGCUUUUCAGUUUUUCAACACCCAGCCAUCCAUCUCUCCUUUUUGAGUUUUCCCACCGAGUUGGUCCCUACGCAUAAACACAAAUUGCCCCACAGGCGGUCGGUGUUCGGUUUGGUUUGUGUGUGCUGGGGACCAACAUUAUAAUAUAGGGGCUGAAAAGUUUCAAGUGACACUGCUGUAGGCCUGCGGGCCACGAUAAUAAUAAAAUACAUACAGAACGCGCCAGGCCGUUUUGGCCACAAGUGCCUGACAUUGUUGACUUGGCCCGAAGAGCUUGAGAGCCAACCUAAAAAUCCGAUUGAUUUCUGGCAUUUUGCGCCACACAAAAGAUCCUUGCAAAAAUAUAGUGGCCAUUUUUGCGCUGGCCAUUGUCCUCGAAUGUCCUUGCCGCCUGCACCUGUUGCCACCGAAGCUCAAUUUCAGCCCCACACUCCGUUCGUUUUUAUGUUCCGCACGUGGUGCUUACUUUAAUUAAAGUUUAAUUUAAUACACCUUAAUUGCUGCUUUUAAUAGCAUUUUAGUUUUCUCUUAGACCGACACUCUCUCUGUCCGUUUUUCAAACCCACACACUCACGACAUUUUGCUAAAAGCAUUUAUGCAAGUUUUGUAAUUUCAUGGUCUACUAAACUCAUUACUGCAACAGUUUUGUAAGUGAAUUUAAACCAAAACCAAGAGAGUAUUUUGUACUAAUCAUUAAACCAGCUGACAUAUGAAAUUUGAAAUGAGUUUUCCACAGACUUCAGUACAUUACAUGGCGACUGUGUAAUGUUUUUUACGAUUUUUACCAUCUUUCACUGUGAAAAUGCACAUUCGAAGUGACAAAAUUGCGCAUACGCCGCAUAGCAACUCAAUUAGGGAAAGUUUUUAAGACAAUCAGGCUCAAACUGAAAACUUUUUUGGCAAACUUUGCCCACACGUAAUCUCAUUAGCUGUAUCCCCUGGGAUAUGGUUAUAUAAGGGGACAAACAUAUCUGUUGAAUGCCUUAUUUUAUGUUUGUGAGACGCUUUAAAUUACUGUAUGCCUUAAUGUUCAAUGUCUAUGCACCAUAAAUAUCAGAAAACAACUAUUGUGAAUGCCCAAAAUUAAAAGCACUCUAGCUAAUUAAUUGAAUAAUUAAUUAAUUUGUGUUUCGCUUCGGUUUAAUGCGCUGCGUAUCGAAGGAGCCGAAAAGCAGCACCCUGAAUUUCUCGUCGUUCAAAUCGAGCUUCACUUCCAAUGUUAAUUUCCUGAAGAGAAGAUUCAGCUCGGGAGACUUGUCUUCCGAGGUAGACGAUGUCGAUCCGAACAGCCUGCCGCCGGCGGCACGUCCCAUCCAGGACCAGCCGACGAAGCCGCCGGUUGGGGGUGGAGGUGGACCGCCGAAUAUGCCGCCACCGCCGGCUCCCGGCCAACCGGCCGGAGCUGCUCCGGAGCUGUCGCUGAGCUUUGGUGCCGGCAAAGCCCCGGCAACGGCGGCUCCGGCACCACCGCGUGGUGUCAGUGCGCCGACCAGUCCGGCCAAGUCGCGUGAAAGCUUGCUGCAGCGGGUGCAGAGCUUGACCGGCGCUGCCCGGGAUCAGGGAGCCUCCAUUUUGGGAGCGGCGGUCCAGAGUGCCACACAGCGGGCUCCGGCUUUCAGCAAGGACAAGUACUUCACGCUGCUGGUUUUGGAUGACCAGAACACGGACUGGUCGAAGUACUUCCGGGGCAGGCGAUUGCACGGCGACUUUGACAUCCGCGUGGAGCAGGCCGAGUUCAGGGACAUCACGGUGGUCUCCAGCGCCGACACCGGACCGGUUGUCACCAUGGCCGCCUAUCGCAGCGGCACUCGGGUCGCGCGUUCCUUCCGGCCGGACUUUGUGCUGAUUCGCCAGCCGCCGCGCGACGGAUCCAGUGACUUCCGCUCCACGAUCUUGGGCUUGAAGUACGGCGGAGUGCCCAGCAUCAAUUCGCUGCACUCGAUCUACCAGUUUCAGGACAAACCCUGGGUAUUUUCCCAUCUGCUGCAACUGCAGCGACGCCUCGGACGCGACGGCUUUCCGCUGAUCGAGCAGACUUUCUUCCCCAAUCCACGAGAUUUGGGGGAGGCGGAGAGAGACAUGGCAUAUAACAAGGACAAGCGGACGGGGAGGGACUAUCUAUAG